AUGGCGUUCAAGGCCAAAUACAAGCAGCUGCUGCGCUUCAGCGCGGGAAGCACCGCAGAUGGCGGAGGCGGCGGCGGCGGCUACGGAGGAGGCGGAGCUACGCCGCAGAACUCGCCGCGACAAGGACCGCUCCCUUCGCCGCGAGGUCCACCUUCGCCGCCGGAUGUCGAGUGCAAAAUGCCUCGAUACAACGGCUACUGCAAUCAUGAUGAUCAUAGUAGUCACAUUGGUGGUCGAACCACGUUAUAUGUGGGGAGCAUUUCUCCGGAUGCUCGAGAGCAAGAUCUUGAGGCUGCUUUCAGCAUAUAUGGGAGAGUGCAGCGGGUGCUUCUGCACCCCGAGAACUAUGGCUUUGUUGUGUUUUAUGAACCACAGGAUGCAGAUGCUGCAAGGCGUCGUCUUAAUUGCCAAGAAUUUUUUGGGAGUCGCAUCAGUGUUGAGUUUGCAAAAGAGCACAGAAUCCCCCGAUACGACAACCACCAUGGUCAUGAUGAUCGAUAUGAUCAAUAUGGUCAACAAGGUGGUAACACCAAGUUGUUCGUGGGCAACAUUUCCCGAGAUAUCCAGGAAUAUCAUAUUGAAGGCCUAUUCAGCAUAUAUGGGAGGAGUUUUAUUAUCCCCAGGAUGCAGAUGAUGCAAGGCGUGAGCUUGAUGGUGAAGAAUUUGGUUGGAGCCGUAUUUUUGUUAGUUUGA